UCAAAGGGUUAAAGUUGAAAGGUUACGCUUGGCAAGAGCCUCCGCUCCACAAUCAACACACGCCGAAAUGACUACAUUACGGGCAUUUAAUUGCGACGAUCUAUUCAGAUUUAAUAACAUAAAUUUGGACCCCCUGACAGAGACCUAUGGCAUACCAUUCUAUUUACAGUACCUGGCUCACUGGCCGGAGUAUUUCGUUCUUGCCGAGGCACCCGGCGGAGAGCUAAUGGGAUAUAUCAUGGGAAAGGCGGAAGGAUCCGUUGCCAGAGAAGAGUGGCAUGGGCACGUCACCGCACUCUCUGUGGCCCCCGAAUUCCGCCGCCUGGGACUGGCUGCCAAACUCAUGGACAUGCUUGAGGAGAUAUCGGAGAGGAAAGGUGCUUUCUUCGUUGACCUCUUUGUGCGUGUCUCCAAUCAAGUGGCAGUGAAUAUGUACAAGCAGUUGGGUUACAGCGUGUAUCGCACAGUAAUAGAGUACUACUCUGCAAGCAACGGCGAACCAGAUGAGGACGCAUAUGAUAUGAGGAAGGCACUCUCGAGGGACACAGAGAAGAAGUCCAUAAUCCCCUUACCACAUCCUGUAAGGCCAGAAGACAUAGAAUAACACUGGGCAGUGACUCUCUAGAGGCAUCUUAUCAACCCAUAUUGGGGGAAAUACUGUUUUUAUGACUUACAAUUUGAUUUUAUUAUAUUUUUUGCUUCAAGAACCGUGAUCAUGCUGAUUUUGUUCUUGCAGAUGCAUGAGAGUCACAGUCACAAAAUAUUUAAACCUUUAUUUUCCCCCCCAAUAGCCCCCAAAAAGCCAAGGCGACAUUAGCAAAGAGGACCCCUGACACGAUCACUGUUGCUGCUGUUCUGAUAGCAUCCGGAAUAAAGACAAUUUCUGCA